AUGGCGGAUCUCUCGAAAGAGCCCUGCUACAAGGCGUAUCUGCACAAGGGAGCGAAGGGAGAAAUUGACUGGCCUGAGUAUAAUGAGGAGACAUUUGAGGUCGAUGACGGUGAUGGUGGAACUGAUGAGGAGCAACAUGAUGAUUCUUCGCUCCCUGAGCUCCCACUCUUGAUGGAUAAUGAGCCUGAUCAUGAUGCUAUUCGUCGUUAUGCUCGCUUGCAUCAUGGAAAGCGUUCCCCAUGUGGUGUCUGCCGAAAGAGAAACAGUGGGCUUGGAAUUAAAUGUGGCCAACGCCCCUACUGUGAACACUGGAACUUGUUCAAGGUCACCUCAUCUAUUAACGGUAAGGGCGUUGACCAGUCUGGUACCAGUAGCAAACCAGUUCCUGACCAGUCACACAAUGCUGAAAGUGACGAUGGUGAGGAGGGUGCUGCAGGUGAUACUGAAUGUCAUGGCGACAAAGAGUCUGAGGGCCCUGAUGAUGCAGAUGCAGAUGCAGGGGAUGAGUAA